UUGAUUUUAUUUAUUAAGUGGUUAUUAAAAAGGUCCCUCUCUCUACGAGUCUUGAAUAUUGAAUAGAAAGGGUUGAAUGGCAAAUUUUUCAAAUGGAGCACCGAGUAUACGCCGCAAUCAGCAACGAUGCGGAACUCACUCUAAACCGCAAACCCUAGGCCGAUGACCAGUUGUCCCGCGGAAUAAAAGAAAAGCAACUGGAAACUUCGUCGGGAUCACGACGAGCCGGAAAAUUCUCGGCGAAAUUGAAGGAAAAGAUAAGAGAGGGAGAGAGACAUCAAGAACCUCGUUGAGAAUUCGGCUUGUCCACGUUGUUAUACGCGAACUUUCGGUGCAUAAUGCACUGGAAAAAGACACGUGUAAAUGGAAGUUAACUGCGAGGAAGAUGACUUUGACGCGACAUAGUGAUCAAUUUAUUCGCGACAAACUUUAAUCGACUCUCGAGAACGCUGCCUCCGCGACUUACGACGCACUGUGUAUAGCAGCGAGAGCAGUGUUCGCGAAAUUGCACGUCUUCGCUUAUACACCGGGUGUGCGCUAUGAACGACGACGUUGUCGGACAACAUAACGGGUGGUACACAAGAAGACGUUCUUUCACAAGCUAGAUGAUGUUCGCCAGGCUCUGCAGACAAGUUCCAAAUGGGGACCUGAAGAGGCGACACUCCUGGAGCAGUGAGGUCGACUAUCAGCCAGCGGAAACGGAAGCUGUGACCACUUCGGGGGGAGAUUCCGCUGCCUCAGCCCCUUCGGACGACGACAGAAUCUCUUACAAGGAAUAUGGCCGUUCGAUGCAGACGGUGGACUUGGUGGCGGACUGUCCGUUGCAAAUCGUGACGGGUAGCUCGAGGUCACCGUCACUCUCGAGAUCACCGACGCCCUCGCCGCCGUCGUCCACGACGCUUCCCGCGUCGACGGGGAGCAUGGGGCAACGGUCGAGCGCCCUGUUGCGCCCUAAAAUCUCCCUGACUUGGGUUCUUCGUGGCCAGCAGCAACCCGGGCCCAAUGGGCCGACCAGCAAUGGGAGCGGAGGUACGAACAGCGAUCGAGACACUUUGUCGCGGGGCAGUAAGGAACGAUCUUCGAGGAGGAGUGUUAAAAGUGUCAAGGAAAAAGAUACUAGCAAGGAGAAUAUCGAGAAUAAGGAGAGCAUCGAGAAGCGGGAAAAGAAGAUUCUGCACAGGCUUGAGAAAAUCGAAAGAACCGAGAAGGUGACGAUCGACAAUGAAAGACGACUGGAGGAGAGUCCGUUGGAAAAGCAACACUCCGACAAGGAAUUCGUGGGUCCGAAGGAUACGAAGGAGAAAGUGAAGAGAGCCGUCUCCGAGCCCUCCCUGGUGUCGCGAGAGUCAACGUCGACGCCCAACGGACGAGAGAAACACAGGCACAGGCGGACUAAACGCUCGCACAAACCUAGACCACCAAGUAGAUUUGGCUACGAAAUCGCCGAUCUCGACGCGUUCUUAACCAAGGCCUCCAUAGAGAGACCAGCGAACAUUCCGGUCGUCUUGUCCUUCCCGUCGGUAUUGUAUCAGACCCAGGGUGGCACUCAGGACGAGAUGGCCCUUCCCUUGGGCACAGUUGUGAACGCGGUCUUCAAGAACCAAACCUGGUUAUACGUGCAAACCCCUCACGGCCAGGAAGGCUACGUCGGCUACGCCGCUUGCCUUCCCCUAGGAAUCCUACCACAACCUACGCGAGGACCCUGUUGGGAGGAUUCCACUGACGUCUUCCCUCGGCCUCUCGGGAACAUGACUGACACGGAGAAGCUCCGUGACACCCGGUCGGAGUGCGGAGGGGCUCGCAGCGGCCGAGUUCGGCGGAGUUCGAGAGACGCGGUGUCCGCGUGUGGCGAGCGCAGCGUCGACCGGUUGUACCUGAGAGCGGCGGCGAACGCGCGCACCAAGGGCUCGCGGCAUACGUUGCUGGUGAUCAGGAGCGACUACGAGGCGCGUGGUGGGAACGCACUGACGGUGUCCAAAGGCGACGUGGUGGCCUUACUGAGUGACCACGUGAGCGACUGGUUUUGGGUGCGCUCCAGAGACGGCAGAGAGGGCUUUAUCCCGGCGGUCAUCGCCGGCCACGGCUUUCUCUAA